UUCCUCCUCUGGCCUUUCUUGGAAGCUACUCUCGCCCUUCCUCUGAAUUCAAUUUCCUUUACGCGUGUUUCCAUUCGCUUUACCAGCUUAAAGCUUGUGUAUUUUUUCGUUGUUAGCCCUAGCUCUCCUUUCUGGUUGUUGCCUUUCAAGUUCGACAAUUAACAGAAUCAGAAAUGGGACAAGCAUUUUGUUGUAUUCAAGUGGACCAAUCAAAUGUAGCAAUCAAAGAAACCUUUGGGAAAUUCGAUGAUGUGCUUGAACCUGGUUGUCACUGUUUGCCUUGGUUUCUUGGGAGCCAGUUAGCUGGUCACCUUUCUUUGCGUGUACAGCAGCUGGAUGUUCGAUGUGAGACCAAAACCAAGGAUAAUGUGUUUGUUACUGUGGUGGCUUCCAUUCAAUACCGAGCCUUAGCAGAAAAGGCGUCUGAUGCUUUUUAUAAGUUGAGUAAUACCAGAGCACAGAUCCAAGCUUAUGUCUUUGAUGUUAUUCGGGCAAGUGUUCCAAAGUUGGACCUGGAUUCAACCUUUGAACAGAAGAAUGAUAUAGCAAAAGCUGUGGAAGAUGAACUUGAGAAGGCUAUGUCGCAUUAUGGGUACGAGAUAGUUCAGACACUUAUUGUGGAUAUUGAACCAGAUGAGCAUGUGAAGAGAGCAAUGAAUGAAAUAAAUGCAGCUGCUAGAAUGAGGUUGGCUGCAAAUGAGAAAGCUGAAGCGGAGAAGAUAUUGCAGAUAAAGCGAGCAGAAGGAGAUGCUGAGUCAAAGUAUUUGGCAGGGCUUGGUAUAGCUCGGCAGCGCCAAGCUAUCGUUGAUGGGCUGAGGGACAGUGUGCUUGCCUUCUCUGAAAAUGUACCAGGGACAACAUCAAAAGAUGUCAUGGACAUGGUUCUGGUGACCCAAUACUUUGACACAAUGAAGGAGAUUGGUGCAUCCUCAAAGUCCAACUCUGUGUUCAUCCCACAUGGACCAGGUGCUGUGAAGGACAUUGCUGCACAGAUAAGGGAUGGUCUUCUUCAAGCAAACACUACUACUUAGUGCUAGUUCAAGAUCCAACUUGGACAUGUGGUUUAUGAAGGUUUGUAUUGUAUAUGGAGAUUUGAUGGCAAAAAAUAAAGCAUAUAAGAAAAGCAGCAGCACUAUGAGAUGCAUUUACUUGGUUUUAGUAGUAGAUUUAUAUUUGCAGAGGUACUUGUUAGCACACUAUUGUUUGUGUAUAGAUUCCUAUUAAACUGGGUUGUGGUAUAUUUCUGAAGUGUUGUGACAAACUCAUGUAAUUAUGUAAAUAUGGUUCUUCUGCUUAUACUAAAAUCCUGAAGAUAGGAUGCCAUAA